CUGAACCGUGAACCGGAAGUUCUUUCAUUUUAGCUGAAGAACGAAAACUGUCUGCUUAUUUUUCCCCAUGAUGUCUGUCUGAGAGGACCCACAACACAUUAAACCAACUCACAUGUCUGGCAUGAAACGAACCGAGAUACUGGGAACAUAUCUGCUGAGCAUUUACGGUGUGAGCUAGUCGGUCAAAUCAACUAACCGGAGCCGCGUUGCGUCCUGAGAGGAGAAGCUGUGCUGCUGUGCUCUCUGACACAGACACAGAGGAGCUACCUGCGUUAGCUGCCUGGCUGACGCUGCUGAGCUGGGAGAGUGUCGGGACUCGUCAAUAAUAUCAACAAGACAGGAGCUCAUCAGUUGGAGCAGACGAAGACAGCAGGAGUUGCAGGGAUUCGAGCGUCCCUCAUCAUCAUCGGGCCCUGAGAUGACAUCACAACAGCCACAGCUUCCCAAUGCUGUUAUUCCUCCCCAGCUAGCCCAGAACUCCUCUGUUCAGCACGCCCGGCCUCACAUUCAGGCCAAUCAGCUGGACUCAAGUCACAGCAACGCAACCGCCGGGCCUCUGGAUCACAGAGCUUUGACAGGCAGGCCGGGCUGCCCCGGCGUGGCAGCAGCCAGCGGGGAGGUGGCCAACAGGAACGUUUCUGCCUCCUGCACCAACUCUAGCUUGUCUAAAAGAGACGGGGGCUUCGAGCCGUGGCCCGAGGAAGCGGUGGACAACUCCCACGGGCUGUACUCACUUCACCGCAUGUUUGACAUAGUCGGAGCCCAGCUAACCCACCGGGAUGUCAGGGUGCUGUCGUUCCUGUUCGUCGAUGUGAUCGACGAGUACGAGCGUGGCGGCAUCAGGAGUGGAAGGGAUUUCCUGCUGGCCCUAGAGCGCCAGGGUCGCUGCGAUGAGACCAACUUCCGGCACGUUCUCCAGCUUCUGAGGAUUAUUACCCGCCACGACCUAUUGCCUUAUGUCACACUCAGGAAACGGCAGGCUGUGUGCCCAGACCCGGUUGACAAGUACCUGGAAGAGACAUCCGUGCGUUACAUUUCACCAAGAGGAGCACUGCAGAGCAAGGACACUGUGCCUCACAGAAGAACAGGUCCUCAGCCGGUCAUUUGCUGCUCCCCGUCAGGACCCCACGUCGGCCCUCCCCGAACGAAGCCGGCUACUCCUGUACCAAACCGCAAGCGGAGGAGAAGUCAUUCCUCAGCCGACUGCAGAGAGAAGCAAACAUGUGAUAUUCGCCUCCGGGUUCGCGCCGAAUACUGCCAGCACGAGUCUGCACUUCAGGGCAACGUCUUCUCCAACAAGCAAGAGGCCGUGGAGCGACAAUUCGAGCGCUUCAACCAGGCAAACACUAUCCUCAAAUCCCGAGACUUGGGCUCCAUCAUCUGUGACAUCAAGUUCUCCGAGCUCACCUACUUGGACGCCUUCUGGAGGGACUACAUCAACGGCUCGUUGCUCGAGGCUCUUAAAGGGGUCUUUAUCACAGAUUCCUUAAAACAGGCCGUGGGCCACGAAGCUAUAAAACUGUUGGUCAACGUCGACGAGGAGGACUACCAGGCCGGUCGACGCAAACUGCUCCGUAAUUUGGUCACGAGCGGAGGGACCCCACCGGGAGCUAACAAAGACUCCGUAUCUUAGGCACACUCUCCGGGCGGUAGCAUAAUGGGAGAAACACUGCUGUGCCUCCCCUCCCACCCCCCCCACCAUAAAGAAGAAAGAGUGAGAUGCGGUCGUGGGUUUGAGGUGCCUGAAGUGUGUGCCUGAAAGGAACUGAAGGACUUCCAGCCACCGCAUUGAUUUCCUUGAAAGCUAAGGUCAUAGGAUAUCUACUUGGCACCCGAAGCGUAGCAUGCGAGGUGACUAGGAACUAUAUUAGCAAAACAGAAGUAGGUGCAUACAGGUUGACAUUAUUUUGAAUGUUAAGCUGUUCCAUUUUUCUUCAAGGAGGAGAAUGCUGAUUUCAUGCGUGCAUUGAAUUUAAACUAAUUUUCUUGUAUGUUAGCUCAUUGAAACACAUUUGUUUAACUCUAAUGAUAGAUGAUCCUCACAACCUGUUCAAAAAUCCAGUUAUUUUCAGUACAGGAAACAUGCUUAACGCUGACAAGUUACUCCCAGUGGGAGUUUGUACCUUAUUGUCAAACUGGUUCAUCGUUUUUUCCAGGAUUUCAGGUACAUUACAGAUUGAUUGGAUUAACCCAAUGAGAGAGUGUUCUGUAUGUUAUAGAAAGGCACAGACCGUAGGACUUAAGCUAAAAAAUUGUUUUUUUUCCUAUUUCUUUCAGCUUAUUAUCCUACCCCCCCCAAACUUUCCACAGUUCCCUUUUGUCUGUAAAGAUGAACCCCCCUUUCAAAGCCAUUUUUUUUAUUGGCUCACAUUUAGUCACCGUCGACGUCUCCUCGUGUCUUGACUUUGUUUUUAACAAAAUUGUUUUGUUUUACAACAUGGCUCCUUACCAGCAGCUGUGAUUCUGGCCUAAUGUGAAAUUUUCAGUUGUCCAGCCACUGCCAAUAUUUAAACCUUUUGUGGAUCGUUCUAAUGUGUUUGAAUCGUAUCCAAUGAAACAUUUGAGUCAUUCACUGGUGUUUUUUUAGAUGUGUUUUGGAUUUGCAAAUCAGUGCCAGUUUCAUUGUCAGCCUGUACCUCCCGCUCACUCACCGUCUCACUCAUUGUUCACUCAUUAUAAAAACACUGUUUAAACUUUGUUCAAAAAUGAUACUCAAUAACAAAUCAACAGCAGGUGAAAGAAUCACCACCAGUGUAGUGUGUGUGUGUGUGUAGAGUUAUCUCCGUUGUGCCAGAACAGCAGUCUUGUCUGUGGGUAUAUUAUGCCUCCUGGUGGAUGAGGAUGUAGUUGAGCACACAUGCUCGAAAGUUGUUCGCCAUCCAGUCCCUCGAUGGCAUGUCGGAAGAGAAAAAAACUAGGCAUGUCCCAUGAAAUGACGGGCGUCUUCAGUUACAUCCUCCUCUGUCCGAGGUGUAGCAUAUCCCGCAGGCAUUCACAAACCAAAUUGGGGAUUCUUUUAUGAAGGUUUUGAAACAGAAAAUAAAAAAAUAGCAUUGAGCGGACCAACAUAAUGGUAAGGUAUAUAGCAUGGUAAUGCUCUACAAUUUAGUGCGCAGAUCUAGAACAAUGAUAUGCUUCUAGUAGCAAAAUACCAUUUUUUACAGUGUAGUCUGAAAUGCUAAUUAACCAAAAUGUGAAUUUAUAUUAAUUUCUUUUUCGGUAUCCUUGGAUUAACAGGAGAUAUUAGGUUUGGCGGUUGCCUGUGACAAACCAGUGUUCAAAGUAUUACUGAUGAUAACUUUUAAUUUUAUGUAGACAUAAAAUAAACUCAGUGGCCACUUUAUUAGACAUACCUUUUUUUUAGUUCUGGGAAAUGUCCCCGGGAGAGUUUGAAUUCUUCACGGCACGGAUCGGAGAUUAGAGAUUCUGCUUCAUGUCGACAUGAUAGGCUCACACAGUUGCUGCAGAUUUUCCACCUCAGAUUACAGGAGCUGUACAGUUGAAUGGGAUUAUUUUGUUUUCUCCUCCAGGCUGCAGGAUUUCAACGAGGCCGGUGAUUACAAAAGCUCAACUUCAUCUAAAAUAAUGUUUAGCUGUGAUAAAUUCAGGAAAUCCGUAGCUUAUAUAUAUGGACCGUUACACAUUCGUCCCAUGAAGUGUGUUGUUGUCUUUUUUGAGUAACUUCACCCUUUCAGUUUAUAAUCAUAGCAGUGUCGGCAAGCUGCAGAAAUUGUGCACAACAUUAAGAGUUCCUGACGUACCCGGCCAAGAGUCUGCCGUUGAGCCUCCUGUGGCCAACAGUCGCCCUGUAGUUUUUCUGGUGUAUCCCCAUGUCAGCCCUCAUCAACAGAUAAUUAUGAAUCAUGUAUUAUUAGAUGUUGAUAAUACACGAUGCCGGCGAGAGCGCUGGCCACCUGCAGUUUAGCUUAGUGCAGUUUAUCCAUCGUUUUUGCAGGCUGAACGUUGCCGGUGCAAAGCAAAAACCUCUCAGUUCCAGUUGGUCCACAACCAAUUUUCUCAUCAAAAUGAUAUUCCGAGCAUACGGCAAAAAGUGUUUAAUUGGAUUUGGACAGUGGUAUGAAAAAGAUAGGCUUCUUGUUUGUUAUGUUCAUCUCUUUCUGUGAUACUUUGUGUAUACAGACUAUACGACUGCCAGGCUAUUUCUUCUCAUGCAGGUGCAGAACUUCCUGGCUGUAGGCUGUAGUCCCUGUUCUGUGUUCCAAGUGCAACCUUAUCACCAGACAAGAGUCAGUAUUGAACAAUCCUGGAUUACGUUCAGUGACGAAAUUCUUGCUUCCUACGAUAUCUACGAGCACAACAACUAGUACGUUAUUUUAAGAGACCGAUUGUUCACCGGACUGGAGUCGACGCCGACGUCAAGGGGGACGCCUCUUGUAAAUUUGCAAAAUUCUCCUAAAUUGUGGCUUUAAAAAAAAAAAAAAAAAAAGGAAAGAAUUUGACAUGUUGAAAUACCAUCACUUGUUGUACCAGGACUGGUUAGGACUGAAUGCAAAAUUCAAAGUACCUUUUGUUUGGAAAUGUUUAAUAUCAGUGCUAAUAUAUAAAUAUAUCAAAGACGGAGCAUAAAGCUGUUUAAUGACGGGAUUAUUUAGAUCUAGAAGAAUUGUCAUUUGAAAUGCAGUCUCCAAUGCUAAUAUUUGACAUUUUCUUUCCUUUUUUUUUCUGUUAUUCAGUGCACCUAGCCAAAUGGUUGACAACAAAAUCUGUGUACCCCUUUUUUAAAAGUUUGUGGUAUGUUUUUACCAAAUAUAUUCUUCCCGCUUAAAAAAAGCGCCCAAUCUUUAUCUCUGCUAUCAUACCAUCCAACGGGUACAUAUCAAAAACACACGCAAGUCAUGAUUGACAGGCCACUAUUACUGUGAAUUAUAGAGUAGGCCUACAUUUUAUAUUUUUUACUUUACUCCAGUGGAAUUUCAUGUAAAGGUUGCGAGUUAGUAUCUAUUAUAUAGGUUGGUGUAUGUUCUGUUGAUUGUAUGUUAUGUUAGUUGUCCGACGCAGCUGUCUCUUUACGCAAAAUUUGCAUGUAACCUGUUAUCUCCAGAAAAUGUCAUAGAAAACUCACAGUGCUAACAUUUUGUAAAUAACUUUAUUGGAUGUCAGGUUUUCUUACUUCAAUUUUUGCAUUUCUUUCAGAAAACAGACAAAGUAGGACUGUUAAUAAAUGAAAUGGAUGGGUUGGAGGUUUGUUUUUAAUUCCCAGUCCUAAUUAUUUUUUCAUGUCACACGACGCGUAUAAAAAAAAAAAUCUUUUGGUGGAAAACUGUGUACAAUUUACCAGAUAAGAAAAUAUAGAGGACAUAUUUAAACAAAAACGGCUUCCUGAUAGAUCAAAUGCUUUUUCGUGGGCUACAGUAACGUUUUAGAAAAAUUUGGCCCCGAAUCUUUUAACUGCUUUGACACACAAUCCCCCUUUGUGAUGUUUGACUACAAACUGUAAGAUGAUUUAGACUGGUCCUAUAGGUGCAUCUCAUUUCUCUUAGAUGUGUAUCCUCAUCCCCCCCUUUCACUCACCUCUUGCUCCUCAGCUCGUCACACUCUCGCGACACGAGGAAGACACACAAGGAAGGAGAAAUCCAGGCAACACAUUUUGCCUGAUAAAAAUUAGGCAAAUCAUUCGAGCCAUGAAUGUUCCUGCAGAGACUUGAAUGUAAUGUAUGUCAGUGUGAACAAUACUGUCUACAAGUGUGAUGGUAUUUGCUUCCGACACAUACACUAAAAUGAACUGAUGAAAUAUCUGGUGGGUAGUCCUGUUGACUUUGUUGACCAAUAAAAGUAAACUUUUCUGUG